GGUGCAGGAACGUGCCUCUGGCGAACGUGUGACGUAUCGUGACCAUUGCGAUGUAUAACAAAACCUGGCGAACACCUGCUCGAGGCAUAUCGCAUUCUUCCCAAUAACAAUUCAGUUGUACUCUCCAUCUUGCACCAUCACAAUGUUCGCUCCCCGUGCCAUCGUAUCACCACUUACCCGAGCCGCAUUCAGGCCACAGACGAUUCGCGUUGCUGCCAGGCCGGCCUACUUUCGCAUUCAAGCUGCAUUCAACUCAACAAUAUCAGAAGCCAUAACACAUGAUCACCGCGAGCUAAAGACAUACUACAAUGAGAUUGUCGAUAACCCUGACGAUAUUGACCACAUUACACGCUAUGGCAACCAAUUCACAUGGGAGCUAGCCCGCCACUCUGUCGCCGAGGAACUUCUCGUAUAUCCAGCCAUGGAGAAGUACAUGGGAGAAAAGGGAAAGCAACACGCAGAGUCUGACCGGAAACAGCAUCACGAGGUGAAAAUCCUACUCAAGGAGUUCCAAAACAUGGACCCAGCGUCCUCGACCUACAUCCCCAAGUUGAAAGAGAUUUGGUCCCUCCUCGAGCGCCACAUUGCCGAAGAAGAGAAAGAUGACCUACCUGCCCUCGAACAAGCCCUUUCCUCUGAGAAGAACCGCGGAAACUCCCAAUCCUUGGCCAAGAACUUUGCUCGCACGAAAGCCUUUGUGCCAUCAAGGAGCCAUCCCAGUGCAGGAGAGAAUCCGUAUUUCGAGGGUCCGAUGGGUAUGUUGGCUGCGCCGAUUGACCACAUUGCGGAUAUCUUCCGCAAGUUUCCCGAUGGCACUAUUAGUCCGAAUCCCAGCAAGAAGUGAGGGUGAACAGCUGGAUAGCCGACCUGUGAGCGGGAGUGUGAAGGGGUCUAAAUGGAGCCCAAUGUCUAACGUUGUCGUUUUGGUACUGGAAAAAUGUGUAACAAACAUCAUGAUGUGUAAUCAUAGCUUUGGUGCGAUGUCACCUGUCAAUGUAUCAAUUCUUCGAUUCUUG